AUGGUUCACUGUGCAGGCUGCAAAAGGCCAAUCUUGGACCGGUUUUUGUUGAAUGUACUGGACAGGGCUUGGCAUGUGAAGUGUGUUCAGUGCUGUGAAUGUAAAUGCAAUUUGACAGAGAAAUGCUUUUCGCGAGAAGGCAAGCUUUACUGCAAAAACGACUUCUUUCGGUGUUUCGGGACCAAGUGCGCGGGCUGUGCCCAGGGCAUCUCCCCCAGCGACCUGGUCCGCAGGGCGCGGAGCAAAGUGUUCCACUUGAACUGUUUUACGUGUAUGAUGUGUAACAAGCAACUCUCCACGGGCGAGGAGCUCUACAUCAUAGACGAAAACAAGUUUGUCUGCAAAGAAGAUUACCUAAAUAACAGCAAUACUGCCAAAGAAAACAGUCUGCAUUCAGCCACCACCGGCAGUGACCCCAGCCUGUCCCCCGACUCCCAAGACCCCUCCCAGGACGACGCCAAGGACUCGGAAAGCGCCAACGUGUCCGACAAGGAGACGGGCAGCAACGAAAACGACGACCAGAACCUGGGGGCCAAGCGGCGGGGACCCCGCACCACCAUCAAAGCCAAACAGCUAGAGACUCUGAAAGCCGCCUUCGCGGCCACCCCCAAACCCACCCGGCACAUCAGGGAGCAGCUGGCGCAGGAGACCGGCCUCAACAUGCGGGUCAUCCAGGUCUGGUUCCAGAACCGGCGCUCCAAGGAGCGGCGCAUGAAGCAGCUGAGCGCGCUGGGCGCCCGCCGGCACGCCUUCUUCCGCAGCCCACGCAGGAUGCGGCCGCUGGUGGACCGGCUGGAGCCCGGGGAGCUCAUCCCCAACGGGCCCUUCUCCUUCUACGGAGAUUAUCAGAGCGAGUAUUACGGCCCUGGAAGCAAUUACGAUUUCUUCCCGCAAGGACCUCCUUCAUCUCAAGCUCAGACACCCGUGGAUCUCCCUUUCGUGCCCUCCUCGGGGCCGUCAGGCACUCCCCUGGGGGCCAUGGAUCACCCCCUGCCCGGACAUCACCCCUCCAGUGAGGCUCAGCGCUUCACUGACAUCAUGUCGCACCCCCCAGGAGACUCGCCCAGUCCCGAACCCAACCUGCCCGGGUCCUUGCACUCCAUGUCCGCGGAAGUUUUUGGCCCCAGUCCUCCAUUUUCUUCGAUAUCCGUCAACGGUGGUGCUAACUAUGGCAAUCACUUGUCACAUCCACCAGAAAUGAAUGAAGCAGCUGUGUGGUAGCUUUAAAACAAACUGGGUCUAAGUAAGUGAUGAUCAUCUAGUCUGCUUAUUGUUACGGUGUACAGAAAUGAAUAAAUA